GUUGUUGCACGUAAGAUGGAGACAGAGCCGUGUUUGUCUUUCCGGCGGACGCCACCGGUUUCCAUCGCACCGGCAACGAGUAGCUCCCGGUCGCCGGGCUCAUUCCUUCCGUGCGACGAGCUGCGCAAAGCCGGCUCCGCGCUCCGUCUCGGUCCUCCGGUGCGCGACAGCGUGGAAGCGUACACCGUCGCACUGCAUCGCAACUUCGGGGACUUCUCGCCCAAUACCCCAGCUUCGCCGCCCGGCAAACACAGCAGACUUUUGGAGAGUCUGAACGAGGAGCAAAAGGCCGGUGUUAUAAGUGGAAAGGCGCCCUACUAUGAGGAAAUCCGAGAGAAAGGCGCUCUUAAAAGCCUGGGCUACUCUGCCAUGGGAGCCAACUGCUUUGGCAAACUGAAGGAUUCAGGCAGCGGUUUGCCAGCCGGCGACUCCAUCGCUGACUCGAUCGCCGACUCCAUCGAUUUGUCGGGCAAGAACAAGAAGCGACGAAAUCGCACCACCUUCAGCACCUUCCAGCUAGAAGAGCUGGAGAAAGUCUUCCAGAAAACGCACUACCCGGAUGUAUACGCUCGCGAGCAGCUAGCCUUGAGGACUGAACUCACAGAGGCCAGAGUCCAGGUUUGGUUUCAGAACCGUAGAGCCAAGUGGAGGAAGAGAGAACGCUACGGGAAGAUCCAGGAGGUCCGCAACCACUUCACCACGACCUAUGAUAUUUCUCUGCUCCCUCGCCAUGACACCUACCAGAUGCAGGGCAAUCUGUGGCCGGGGGCUUCAGGCGUCGUCGGAGGUACAUCAACUCCCGGCUGUGUCCUUGGACCAGACCCCUUACCCUCCUCCUGCAUGGGUGCAUACGCUCACCCUCACGGCAACCUGCAGGGUUUCAUGGGCAUUCCGUCAUCCCCCAGUCACGCCCACCACCACCACCACCCCCCACCGCAUCAUCCGGCCAUCAACGGUCUUUACUCCUUUCACAGCUUCCCGAGCGUGGAGGCUCCGGAGAACGACUACAAGCCGACAGGCCUAAUGGCACUGCGAGUGAAAGCCAAAGAGCCGGGCAGCAUUCUCUCAUGGCCGACAUGACCACCCCACUGCUUUUCAACUCCUCAUCCUCAUAUUCUCCUGUAGUGUGCAUUAACUGAGCCAAAAGCAUAUUGCAUUCCUGCCAUGUAUGUAUACAGUGAACUAUUCUAUUCACAGGGGCUGGAUAGGACCAAACCCUUAAUCAAACAGGUGACAAUCCAAGAUUCAUUGACUAUAUUAUAGUAUUAUGCCCAAAGCACUUGAAAGCCAUUUCAAACUUGUUUUACAAAUCCGACAAAACUCUAGGAAACUGGCACUUAUCUUUCUACUUUGAAUCUGUA